GGCGCUCGCCUUCCGGGCGGCGGAGAUGGCGGAGGGAGCUCGGGGAGGCAGCGGCGAUGGCUGGUUCCAGUUCGGCUUCUGCUUCGGGAAGGCGACGGAGGCCGGGCUGGAAGUGGCGCCGCUGCUGGUCGGGGGCGAGGCCGGGCCAGUGCGCUGCGUGAGGCCGAGCUGGAGCUUCUCCGGGAUCGUCCGCGCCGGCGGGUCCCCCCCGGUGCUGUUGCAAGGCGCGGUAUGCGCGGCGCUGCCCGAGGACUGCCGGGACGUGCUGCCGUCGGAGACGCACGUGCUGUUGCUGCGGAAGGCGGCGGUGGAGAGCUGGCCAGUGGAGGGUUCGGCCCUGGUCCUGGAAGGAGAGCCGGCGUGGAGGUGCGAGAUCCUCCCCGAGGAAGCAGAGAUCGUAGAGCUGCCCCUGGUGCCUGGCGGGUACGUGGCCCCUCGGCCCCCUUUCUUCACCCCUCUGCCCUCCACCUUGCAGGCUCGCAAGCUGGCCCUGGGCUAUGAGCAUGCGGUGCUGCUGAACACAGAGGGGGCCCUCUUCUCCUGGGGAGGCGGCAGGCACGGGCAGUUGGGCCAUGGGGAGCUGGAGAGCAGGACAGAGCCCCAGCUGGUGGAAGCCUUGUACGGGGUGCCCCUGGUGGAUGUGGCGGCUGGAGGAUGGCAUUCAGCUGGCAUUAGUGAAGCAGGUGAUUUGUACAUCUGGGGCUGGAACGAGACGGGACAACUUGCCCUACCUUCCAAAUCUGUGGCUGAGAGUAGAGCCACCACGGCAGAGGUGAAGAGAGGGGACACAGAGUUGAGCUUGGCAGAGCAGGAAGCAGCACAAGGACCCUGCAAGGCUGCAUUCAUUUCGAUCCAAGCCUUCCCUGCUUUGCUGGAUAUGCCAGAUGGGGCAGAUGUCUGUAAGAUCAGCUGUGGUUCACGACACACCGCUGCUGUGACAUGUACAGGAGAGCUCUACACCUGGGGCUGGGGUAAAUAUGGCCAACUGGGGCAUGGGCAGACAGCCAGCUCUGAUGAGGCAAAGAGGGUGUCCUGCUUUGUGGACUGGGGUCUACGUGUAGUAGACGUGGUAUGUGGACCAUGGACUACCUAUGUACAUGCUGUGGCCCAAUAACAGCUGAGAUGGAGGGCAAGAAUCCAGAAACCUUUGGGAAGACAGCAUGGACAGGACCUACUCCUACUGCCACUCCAGUCCAAUGCUCUACUGUCUGAGUUGAGGCUCAAUCUGACUUUAUCCAAGUCCCAGAUCAGGUGUAGUGGCUUCAUCUAAUCCUCCCUCUACCUGCCUUCCAGUAACAGCUUCAAUGGACAACACAAGGACAUCUUUAGAUAAAAGAGGGAGCUGUUUUAGCACCUCCAAGAACACCACAGAGACAGAGUUAUACAGAGCAUAUUUUAUGUAGCGCUAAAUUGCCAUGAUGGACAAAACAGAUGUUGGAACAGUCAUUUUGUGAAUAAAGCUGUUGCUGCCACUGUCA